GGAGAGACACCAUUAUUGUGGGCAGCUCUAAGCGGCAACGCGAUCAUUGUUGAAAUACUUCUGCGGGCGGGAGCAAGCAUUGAUGCUCGUGGCCGCGGAUUUUGCACUCCUCUCCUGUGGGCGACCAUCUGCGGGCAUCUGCCGGCCGCCCAUCUUCUACUUAAGCAUGGCGCGGAUGUUAACGUUCAAGAUGCCGGGGGGCGCACUCCACUGCACUGGUCGUCUAAGAAAGGGCACACAGCAAUUGCCCAAAGAUUGCUUGAAUUCGAAGCAAAAGUCGACCUCAAAGACGCACAAGCUCAGACUCCAUUGAUUUGCGCAGCGAAGAACGGUCAUAAAUUAACAAUGGAAGUCUUGAUCGCUAAGAAUGCUGCGUUAGAGGCACGGGAUACAUAUGGAAGAACCCCGCUUCUAUGGGCCGCUUCCAUCGGAAGCUUGGAUGCGGUCAUUCGCCGCCUCAUCCGGUGGAGGGCAAAUGUUAACUGCACCAACAUCCACGACGAGACCCCGUUGCUUUUGGCAGUUCGGCGCGGACAUUCCGACAUCGUAGUUAUGCUGCUUCGAGCCAGAGCAGAUCCUAACAUUACAGACCUCGAAGGAUCGACACCUCUCAUGGCGUCUGCCGCGAUUGGCAGAGUAGAUAUCGCGAGAAAUCUCCUGGAAUCCGGUGCCAUGGUUACAGAUCACACGGAGUAUACUCCAUUGUUCUAUGCGGUCAGGGAGGGCACCAUUGACAUAGUUCGAGUGUUGCUGGCGCAUGGCGCCAGCCUCGAGGCCAGAGAUCGAGAUGGCAGGACUGUACUCUUUCACGCAGUGGGUCGAGGGCAUCAGACAAUCACGGAGUUGCUAUUGGAGCAC